GAGAUAAAACUCUUUAUUUUAUUAUGUUGCUAAAGUGAUUAUCUGUUUAGGUCUAAAGGUCGGUUGAACUUAUUCAUUCCUAUUUUUUCCCUUUUUAUUCAUUCCUUUAUAUUCGUUCGCACUUAUUAUUCAGUUCACUGUCCCUAUUCAAUUAAUUAAAUAUGUUACGAUACAGCUUACUUCGUUCAGUUAACAGUGGAUCCUUUAAAACCUCUGUUUCAUCCAACCUUCCGUCAUCUUUUGCAGCUGGAAAUGUUUCAAGCCGUCAACAACGGUCUGCAUCAACAUCAGGACCAGGAAGUAAUAUUGUCCUGGUUGAUGGUGUUCGGACACCUUUCGCAGUUUCAUUCACUGAUUAUAAAAAUAUGAUGGGAUAUGAAUUACAGAAGCAUGCAGUCUUGUCUUUGAUAAGGAAAACUGGCAUAAAUAAAGAAGAAGUCCAAUACAUUGUUUGUGGCUGUGUUAUAGCUGAGCCCAAAACUUGCAAUGUUGCUCGAGAAGUUGUUUUAACUGGUGGCUUACCUUUGAACAUACCUGCUCAUACAGUUACUCAAGCUUGUAUAUCUGCUAAUCAAGCUAUUACCACAGCUAUUGGUUACAUAAAUAGUGGUAUUGUAGAUGUUGCCAUAGCCGGUGGUGUUGAAUAUUUGACAGAUGUUCCCAUCAGAUACAGUCGGGAAAUGAGACAGUUAAUGUUGGCUGCUAACAAAGUCAAGAAGCCGGCUCAAUACCUAUCUUUGCUUUCGAAGUUUAAACUGAAAUACUUAGCACCUGAGCUACCCGCAAUCGCUGAAUUUACUACUAAUGAGGUUAUGGGACACUCCGGUGAUCGUUUAGCUGCUGCAUUUAAGGUAACUCGCCAAGAACAAGAUGAAUUUGCGUUUAGAUCACACUCUUCUGCUGAUAAAGCUCAAAAAGCUGGUUUCUUAGACGAUGUUGUGCCAAUCAACGUAGCAAAAGGUCGCGUUGAGAAAGAUAACGGAAUCAGAGUAUCAAGUCUCCAAGAUAUGGCUAAGCUAAAACCAGCCUUUAUCAAACCACACGGAACUGUUACCGCAGCCAACUCGUCAUUUUUGACUGAUGGAGCUUCUGCUUGUCUAAUUAUGACUGAGGCCAAGGCUAAGAAACUAGGACUCAAACCAAAGGCAUACUUGAGACAUGCUGUUUAUACCUCGCAAGACCCAAAAGAUCAACUUCUCCUUGGACCAGCUUACUCAAUUCCUAAAGUCUUGGAAAAAUCUGGACUCAGCCUUAAGGAUAUCGAUGUCUUUGAACUUCAUGAAGCUUUUGCUGGACAAGUUUUAGCUAACCUGAAAGCUAUGGACAGUGACUUUUUCGCUCGUAAUUACUUAGGAAGAUCUGAAAAAGUAGGAGCAAUUCCAAUGGAUAAGCUCAAUAACUGGGGAGGUUCAUUAUCCCUUGGCCAUCCUUUUGGUGCAACUGGUGUACGAUUAGUAACAAUGGCUGCAAAUAGAUUAAUUAAGGAAGGAGGCAAAUAUGGAGUUGUUGCUGCUUGUGCAGCUGGAGGACUGGGCCAUGGAAUGCUUAUUGAACGUUAUCCUAACUAAUCGUGAUAAAUUGAGAAAUUUCUAAAAAUUUUUCUAUACCUGCAAAAAAUCGAUUCUUUAUAAAAGAAGUUUCUAUAUUUUUACAAAUUAUUCACCUAAAUACAUCCAUAAAUUGUUCAAAUAAUAACUUGUUUGUCAAUUCUUUCUCUCAAAUAAGUUUUUAUUGAGUUUGUUCUAGGUUCUCAUAAACUGUUGAGUAAUGCCUGUUCAGAGUCUAGAGUCUCUUCCUUGGACUUUGAAUUUUAAUCAUUCUCGACAACUUGAACCCAACCGAUAAAAUACUUUGAAAGAGCAAAUCUUUGAUGAUGCUGAUUGUCAAAAUUACGAAGAUAAAAAUUAUCAUUUCAUUACCAAGAAAUAAAUAAAUAUGAUAGCAAUAAA